GUGUGUGGCUCUGAUUCUUCAUGAGACGUUAAAAAUCAAUGCGGUUUGACAUCACUGACAUCAAACUUAAUAUUUCUGGAUAUACUGUUCUUUCGAAAAUGUUGCAUUUGUGUACCUGUGGCCACUGAUCUUGAAAUGAUAACUGCAAGAAGUAAUGGCUUUUUUUUUUCUUUUUAGUUAUGAAGGGCUAUGGGGUCUCAAUACUUCCCUGCACGAUCUGUGCUUUUCCAAAAGGAGCCAAGCGGAGUGACAUACCGUGUGCCCGCUUUGCUCUAUAUACCCCGUUCCAGCUGUUUCUUAGCCUUCUGUGAGGAGAGACUGACUCCGGCAGAUGCUCAAGCACAUCUGCUGGUCAUGCGCAAAGGCACUUUUUAUAAAAACUAUGUGGAAUGGAAAGACAUGGAGGUGCUGAGCACAGCUCGACUGGAGGGCUACCGCUCAAUGAACCCCUGUCCCGUUUAUGAUGAGUUUACCGGCACAGUCUUCUUGUUUUUCAUUGCUGUUCUGGGCCACACCUCUGAGUCUUACCAGUUAAUCACAGGAAAGAACGUGACGCGUCUUUGCUACGUGUCCAGCAGCGACCAGGGGGCCACCUGGAGCUCUGUUACAGACCUUACCAAGACACUCAUAGGGGACACCAUUAAAGAGUGGGCCACUUUUGCUGUGGGCCCAGGCCAUGGAACCCAGUUAAAAUCUGGAAGGCUCAUCAUCCCUGCUGACACGCAUGGCAACGUGUGGCAUUUUGGAGAGGCGUUGUCUGUUCCCGAGAGCGUGGAGUGUCAGAUGGUGUCAGUAGAUGAGGAAAACGGAGUCAACGUUUUGUAUUGCAACGCCCGGAGCGUAUCAGGCUGCCGGGUGCAGGCUCUUAGCUUUGAUAACGGGGCUGAUUUUCACGAUGGACAGCUGGUGCAUAAACUAGUGGAGCCAAAGAAUGGGUGUCAUGGCAGUGUGAUUGGAUUUCCAGCCCCAAUCUACCAGUUCGGGCAAACCCAACACUUUCUGAAACCGCUGAAGUCCAUCUACUCGCCGCUUGCAGUCAGCAUGUCUCCACUGAACUUCCUUCCACCAACAUGGGUGGUAUAUGCUCACCCCACCUGCUCAAAGACCCGCCGGGACCUGGGUGUUUAUCUCAGUGUUCUGCCUCGAGAUCCAGACAGCUGGUCAAGGCCUUGGAUCAUAUAUAAAGGCCCUAGUGCUUAUUCAGAUUUGGCCUAUGUUGAGCUGAUGCCUCCUGAUGCCCCAGCGGUCCCUGUGUUUGCCUGCCUUUUUGAGAGCGGCACAAAGACUGCAUACGAUGAGAUUUCCUUCUGCAUCUUCACUCUGUAUGAGCUAAUCGAACACCUUCCCCAAAGAAACGGGGAAAAGAGGAAAGGAUUGUGGGAGUGCUGCUUUGUCAGCUGAUCGUAUGACAGAAUUUUAACUAUAUCUAUGUAAUAAAUAGUGUUACAAUUUUUUAAAGUAAUGUAACUCAUUACAUUGAUUGCUUUUUGAUUACAUUUCUACAUUCAAGUUUCAACUGUUAAUCAUUUUAAAAUAUUUAAUACAGGUAGAGUUAACAUUAGAGUAGAACACUGAUUACAUUGGUGUCUCAUGUAGCCACAAAUAGUAUUGUGCUAUAUUUGGAAUUAUUUGUCUGACCUUUAUUAAAGUCACAAACGCCUAUAAUGGCUUCGUUAU